UGGUUUUUGGUAUAUAGCGUAUAAGUAGACUAAGAAGCCCGGCGAUCGCGUUUAGUGCGUCGCGGUUGGUCUACGAGGCAACAGCUCAGACUUGGGAGCUCCACAUCGAAUAUAGCUCUCGGUUUCGGUUUCGGUUUUCGGUUUUCGGUUUUUGGUUUUAAGUUUUUCAGUUUUAACUCUGAGAUUCCAGUGGUAGCCCACAUACAAACUUCGCGUUGCGUGACAAAAGAGCUGGCGAAUCUCCCCGCCUUUUCAAGUGCUUGUGAACGUCUGGGAAAUUGGCAAAUAAAAAACAACACACAAUAGAAAUCCAAACAACAAAAGGCAUCCAAAGCUGUUUUUAAUUGUGCACAAACGGUGGGGCUUGAAAGUCUCUAGUCUCUUUUGGAAAACGAAGACCGCAAAUAAAUUAAAACUAAAAACUAAAUCGGCAAACAAGUUGAUUGAAACUCAAACUGAAAACUCAACCAACUGGCGUGGCAGGCCGUGGAAAACUAUUCCAAAGCCAAAUAAAUAAAAAUAAAAACAAACUAUUCAAGACUAAGAGACGAGUAGGAGAAGGAGCGAGCAACCUAAGGAGCUCAAGAUGUCGGGCUUACGCAAAACAUCCAUUGCUCUGAUGAGACGCUCUACUUCCAGCACCACUGCCACCACCGUAUUGCCGCAUUCUGUGGGCGGUGGUGCGGUGUCGCCACCUAGUAGCGGUGUGGGCGUGGCGACGGAAAUUGAAAAAUCAAUUGCAAUGCAGCGACUGCGGACGGGAGAGUCGGCAAAUCUGAAGAAAUUAAAUGUCAGCCAACAAGCCGUAACAGCAGCAGCAACAACUAAGGUUCCAACAACUGCAUUGGCAGCUGAAACCACCACCAGCAACAUUACCACCACUACCACAGCCACUUCUUCGGCUGCAGUGCGUCCCUACUCGGAAGUACCGGGUCCAUAUCCCUUACCAUUGAUAGGCAACUCCUGGCGCUUUGCCCCACUAAUUGGAACGUACAAAAUUAGCGACCUGGACAAGGUUAUGAAUGAGCUGCAUGUCAACUAUGGAAAGAUGGCCAAAGUGGGUGGAUUGAUUGGUCAUCCGGACUUGCUGUUCGUCUUCGAUGGCGAUGAGAUUCGUAACAUAUUCAAGAAAGAGGAGGCAAUGCCGCACCGACCGUCGAUGCCCUCACUGCGCCACUACAAGGGCGACCUGCGACGCGAUUUCUUUGGCGAUGUGGCCGGCCUAAUUGGCGUUCACGGACCCAAAUGGGAGGCCUUCAGACAGGAGGUGCAGCACAUCCUGCUGCAGCCGCAGACGGCCAAGAAGUACAUUCCGCCGCUAAAUGACAUUGCCAGCGAGUUUAUGGGCCGUAUUGAGCUGAUGCGCGACGAAAAGGAGGAGCUGCCAGCCAAUUUCCUGCACGAGCUCUACAAAUGGGCCUUGGAAUCUGUUGGUCGCGUUUCCCUGGAUACCAGAUUGGGCUGUUUGUCACCCGAGGGCAGCGAGGAGGCAAAACAGAUUAUCGAGGCCAUCAACACAUUCUUCUGGGCCGUUCCAGAGCUGGAGCUGCGAAUGCCCCUGUGGCGGAUAUAUCCCACCAAGGCAUAUAGAAGCUUCGUCAGGGCUUUGGAUCAGUUCACAGCAAUUUGCAUGAAGAAUAUUGGCAAAACUAUGGACAAGGCCGAUGCCGAUGAGGCUAGGGGUGUGCCCAAAUCAGAGGCGGAUAUAUCCAUUGUUGAGAGAAUAGUGCGAAAGACGGGCAAUCGCAAAUUGGCUGCCAUUUUGGCAUUGGAUUUGUUCUUAGUGGGAGUGGAUACAACCUCCGUAGCAGCCUCUUCCACCAUCUAUCAGCUGGCCAAGAACCCAGACAAACAGCAAAGACUCUUCGAUGAGCUGCAGAAAGUUUUUCCCAAUCGCGAGGCUGAGAUCAACCAGAAUGUCCUCGAACAAAUCCCCUACCUGCGAGCCUGUGUAAAGGAAACGCUGCGUAUGCGACCCGUGGUAAUAGCCAAUGGACGUAGUCUCCAGUCGGAUGCUGUCAUCAAUGGUUAUCACGUCCCCAAAGGCACGCACGUUAUCUUCCCCCAUUUGGUUGUUUCCAACGAUCCCGCAUAUUUCCCAGAACCCAAACGUUUUCUGCCAGAACGCUGGCUUAAACAGUCAGCGCCAGAUGCAGCUGGCUGCCCCCAUGCCAGCCAGAAAAUUCACCCGUUUGUGAGUUUGCCCUUUGGCUUUGGUCGUCGCAUGUGCGUGGGUCGUCGUUUUGCUGAAAUCGAGCUGCACACGCUGCUGGCCAAGAUCUUCCGUAAAUACAAGGUUUCGUACAACUCCGGAGAGUUUGUUUACCGUGUGAACUCCACGUACAUUCCACAGUCGCCUCUAAAUUUCAAGCUAACGCUAAGGGACGAGUGAGUGUGAAGUCUCCAGCGAAGGGAACUGGAGGCCCUGAGAGCUCAGCCUCAAAGCUGCAGUGACACACGGCGGAUGUGUGAUAUUUAUAGUCAAAGCCCAGCUGCUACUGCUGCUGCUGCGAUGUUUCUUUUUAAUUAAGCAAAUGUACAUAGCACAGAAACAUAGCACACACACACACAGACAUACAGAAACCGACAAUUUGAGUACAUCCUAUGGCCACGAGCGUAGUUCUGUGGGUGCGUGUAACUAAAUAAACGUUGUGUAUUUAUGUUGAUACAUGUGUAUAUAGAACCCAUUAUAUAUAUAUAUAUAUAUUCCCCCCAAACAUAGUUUUAGUUGUUCCUUUUUUUCGCUCAAAGAAUAAUUGUACCUAAUAAAGCGUCGAAAAGUAUGCAAUAAAAUGUCUGUUUCUGUUUGCCUU